CCGGGAUCCGGUGUCGCCUGCAGCUGGCAGUGCGGCGGGCGCGGGCGCCGGAGCGAGCGGCCCGCGGGGCCGGCUAUUAAUAACGCGGCGGCCGAGCCCGGGGUCGCGCAGCCAUGGCUAGCCCGGAGCCCCGGCGAGGCGGGGACAGCACCGCCCAGGCCGCGAGGGAAACAAGAGCAGAGACUAAUUCUCCUCUUGAAGAGAACUCUGAAUCCCUGAACGAGGCAGAGACCUUGAACCCAGAAGUUAUUCUAUCUUUGGAGGGGACCUUGAACCUAGAAGACAUUCUCUACCUGGACGACACAGGUGACUUUGACGAGACACUCUCUGUGGAAGAGACUGAGAAGCCGGAGGAGACACUGUACAUUGAGGAGCCCAGGCAGCCGGGUGACGAGACGGUGCACGCCGAGGAGCCAUGUACCCUGAAUCCGGAGGAGACGCUGAACGUGGAGGAAACUGUGGAGCCAGAGGAGGCACAGUUUGUGGAGGAGCCCGUGGAGCCAGGAAAGCCUACGAUCCCAGAGCAGGUUGUCUAUGGGGCAGAGACAGUCACAAGGGAGGAGAAACCUAACCCCGAGGAGAGCCUCAGAGCCGAGCCGAGCCCCAGCACGGAGGAGAACCUGAGCCUGGAGGACCUGGAAUUGCUGGAGGGGCGAUUCCAGCAGUGCGUCCAAGCCGUGGCCCAGCUGGAAGAGGAGAGGGAUCAGCUCAUCCACGAGCUCGUGUUGCUCCGGGAACCGGCCCUGCAGGAGGUGCAGCAGGUCCACCAGGACAUCCUGGCUGCCUACAAGCUGCAUGCCCAAGCAGAGCUGGAGCGGGACGGGCUGAGGGAGGAGAUCCGGCUGGUCAAGCAGAAGCUGUUCAAGGUGACGAAGGAGUGUGUGGCCUACCAAUACCAGCUGGAGUGCCGCCAGCAGGACGUGGCUCAGGUCGCCGAGUUCCGGGAAGUGCUGACUACGCGGGCAGCCCAGCUCUCGGAGGAACUGGCCCAGCUACGGGAGGCCUAUCAGAAGCAGAAGGACCAGCUUCGACAACAACUCGAAGCACCCCCAAGUCAGAGCGAUGGGCACUUUCUCCAGGAGAGCCGGCGACUCUCUGCCCAGUUUGAAAACCUCAUGGCAGAGAGCCGCCAGGGCCUGGAGGAGGAGUAUGAGCCUCAGCUGCUGCGGCUCCUAGAGAGGAAAGAGGCUGGGACCAAAGCUCUGCAGAAAACCCAGGCGGAGGUCCAGGAGAUGAAGGAGGCCCUGAGACCCUUGCAAGCUGAGGCCCGGCAGCUUCAACUGCAAAACAGGAACCUGGAGGACCAGAUCGCACUUGUGAGGCAAAAACGAGACGAAGAGGUUCAGCAAUACAGGGAACAGCUGGAGGAAAUGGAAGAACGAAAGAGGCAGUUAAGAAGUGGGGUGCAACUCCAGCAACAGAAGAAUAAAGAGAUGGAGCAGCUAAGGAUCAGUCUUGCUGAAGAGCUCUCAACCUAUAAGGCUAUGCUACCCAAGAGCCUGGAACAGGCCGAUGCUCCCACUCCUCAGGCAGGUGGAAUCGAGACACAGUCUCAAGGUGAUCUUUGUGGGAGAGUGGUGCUUGCAUCGUCACUGCUUUCCUAACUUAAUACUAAUUAAUGCCUUUUUUUAAAAAAAACAAAACUUAAGUGUGUAUCUAAUGACAAGUCACAAUCAACACAUCUAUCCAUAGUUUCCUUAUGGAAUAUUCAAAGGCUGUGGUUUGGGGUAGAAGCAAGGAAGCUGUUCCUAUUUCACACAGACUUUUAGCGCCUAGCAAACUAAAGGCAUCUUUCUGAGCAAUGAACUCUUCAGGAUCCCUUCUCCAAUGUUUUACCAACAUGUUCUCGUAUACUUUAUAAAGUCCCUUGUAUUAUUCCCUUAAAGAAACUAAGGAUAAAAGAAAGGAUUUGUCAAGUUGUGUAUUAUAUAGAUGCUCAUAAAUUUUAGUCUUCAUUUCCUAAACUUAAGUCUUGGAUACAAACUCACAAAUAACUAUUUUAACUGAUGCUUUUUUUAACUUUCUAGGAUUUUCUUAUAUUCAAGUGUAACUGACUAUAUUUAAUCUUUGAGAGAUUACUAUAACCUUGUGACUGAGGACAGUGAUCUGCUAAUUCCUGUGUGUGGAUCAGAUUAAAAGUACAAUAGGGAAAAGACAAUAAGAAAAAUUUUAACUAUCCCCUUUCAACACUAUCAUAUAGAUUAUUAUUCAUUCUGUUUUACAAAUAGGAGGCACCCAAAUAUUUGCUGGGGAAAAGUCAUCCCUGAUCAUAUAUAAAUCACACUGUAGCAAUCUCUCUUCAACACAGUCUGUACUAACUAAACCUCAGAAGUUCAUUGUUAUAAACUUUCUACUGUAUUAUUUCAAGUUGCAGAAAGUAUAAACUUAUUCUUUCUUUUUCUCAACC